ACUAGUACUACUGACCUUUGGCUAGCUCUGGCUAUAAUGUCUAAAGAUAUAUUUCUAGACACUGUACUCUGGCUGCCAGAAGCCUGAAAAUCGAAGAGCCCCCAUGGGGAUCUUCGAUGGGUUGCCGGGGAGAGGAAUAGCCAUAGCGAAGAAAACGUCGUGAAAACCACCGGGGUUCGCUUACGCUGCACCACUGCGCACUGGACCUUCGUUCCUCCGCGCGCGUUUCUCCGACGUCACAUCCGCCGCAUAGCAGACUGUCAGGUGCCGCCGAACAACUGGGCUACUCUCACGUCGUGUCACGUAAAUGAUAACGGUGGCGGUCGUCCCCCACCGCCGCUAUUCAUCGAAGGACAACCAAGGGCGACAGACAUGCUACUCAGGACUCUCGUGCCACAGCUCGCCCGUCGUGCCGGCGCGAGGCAGUCGUGUCGGACUGCCUCUUCAGCAAAACGCUUUGACCACCGGGAUGCGUUCCUGCUGGAAGAGCAGCUGACCGAGGAAGAGCGCCUGGUGCGAGACACAGUGCGCGAUUACUGCCAGACGCGGCUGCAACCACGCGUACUGAUGGCCAACCGGCACGAGACCUUCGACCGGGACAUAGUUCGCGAGCUGGGGGAGCUGGGUGUGCUGGGCAGCACUCUGCAGGGAUACGGCUGCGCAGGUACCUCCUACGUGGCAUACGGACUCACUGCUCGCGAGGUCGAGAGGGUCGACAGUGGCUACCGCUCGGCCAUGAGCGUGCAGUCGUCGCUGGUGAUGCUGCCCAUCUACCUGUUCGGCACUGAAGAGCAGAAGCAAAAGUACCUGCCCAGACUGGCCAAGGGUGAACUGCUGGGCUGCUUUGGUCUCACCGAGCCCAACCACGGCAGCAACCCGGGGGGCCUAGAAACCCGUGCACGACACGAUCCUUCGGCACGCACUUACACUCUCAAUGGGUCAAAGACUUGGAUAACCAACUCGCCCGAGGCUGAUGUGUUUGUGGUGUGGGCCAAGUGUGAGGAGGACGGCAUCAUCCGUGCUUUUGUGCUCGAGAAGGGCACUCCCGGCCUGACAGCACCACGCAUUGAGGGCAAGUUCUCACUGCGUGCCUCGGCCACUGGCAUGAUCAUCAUGGAGGAUGUCACCGUUCCUGAGGACGCCCUCUUGCCCGCAUCACGGGGCCUCAAGUCAACAUUCCAGUGCCUGACAAGUGCCCGAUAUGGCAUCUCAUGGGGCGCCCUGGGUGCAGCCGAGUUCUGCCUCGAGACCGCACGACAGUACACUCUCGAUCGGCAUCAGUUUGGGCGGCCCUUGGCAUGCAAUCAGCUGGUGCAAAAGAAGCUGGCUGACAUGGUGACCGAGAUCUCUCUGGGCCUGCAAGCCUGCUUGCGCGUGGGUCGCCUCUUUGAUGAGGGAAGCCUCUGUCCAGAGAUGGUGUCUCUGGUGAAACGCAACUCAUGUGGCAAAGCCCUGGACAUAGCACGCACUGCCCGCGAUAUGUUGGGUGGCAACGGCAUCAGUGACGAAUAUCACAUAAUCCGCCACGUGAUGAACCUUGAAGCGGUGAACACAUACGAAGGAACCCAUGAUGUGCAUGCACUGAUCCUAGGAAGAGCUAUCACAGGAAUUCAAGCAUUCUCAACAGACUAGACUGUGACUGGUGUACAAUAAAGCUUGUUUUCAAUCAGUC